GAAGCGGCGGCGGCGGCGGGAGCGGGCGGAGCUCAGCGCCAGCCCCGGCCCCGCGCCGGCCCCACACCGGCCCCGCACCGGCCCCGCACUCACCCGCCCGCCCGCCGGAGCCACCGGAGACCUGGCGACCGUGUGCUUCGAUUCUCUGAAGAUGGCUGCACAGUCAGCACCGAAGGUCGUGCUAAAGAGCACCACCAAGAUGUCUCUGAACGAGCGCUUCACUAACAUGCUGAAGAACAAACAGCCGAUGCCGGUGAAUAUCCGGGCCACCAUGCAGCAGCAGCAGCUGGCCAGCGCCCGAAACAGACGGCUGGCCCAGCAGAUGGAGAACAGACCGUCUGUGCAGGCCGCUCUGAAGCUCAAACAGAAGAGCUUGAAGCAACGCCUCGGCAAGAGCAACAUCCAGGCGCGGCUGGGCCGGCCGGCGGGGACGCUGGCCCGAGGAGCCCUGGGGGCCCGGGGGCUGGCCCUGGGCCAGCGGGGGCUGCCCCGGGGGGCCCUGCGGGGCCGCGGCGCCCGGGCCAUGAUCCGAGGAGGGGUCGCGCUCCGAGGUCAAGCCCUGCUGCGCGGCGGGAGAGGGAUCGCCCCCCGGAUGGGCCUGCGGAGAGGCGGCAUCAGGGGCCGCGGCGGCCCGGGAAGAGGCGGCCUGGGCCGGGGCGCCAUGGGCCGGGGAGGGAUCGGCGGCAGAGGCCGCGGCAUGGCCGGCCGGGGCCGGGGCGGAUUCGGCGGGCGCGGCAGAGGCCGGGGCCGCGGCAGAGGCUCGGCGCGCCCCGCGCUCACCAAGGAGCAGCUGGACAACCAGCUGGACGCCUACAUGUCCAAGACCAAGGGACACCUGGACGCCGAGCUGGACGCGUACAUGGCACAGACAGAUCCUGAGGCCGCCGACUGAGGGGCCGGGACUGCCGGGGGGGGGCUGGCUCCGUCGGGAAUCCCCGAUGGGAAAUUCAGGCUUAGUGUGUUCUUGGAUGUUUUGAUA